AGUGCAGAUACACACACGUAUAUAUUAUAUGGCUGAGACGCUCAUUUCUUACGCACAAGAGCUGCCUGGGCUGUCUUCAACGCAAAAUUUCUGGGGACUGUUCUGUCAAAUUUGAUGAUUUAUUAACUGGUUGUAACAUUUAGAGACACGUGCAGCAGUGAGGGAGACAAAGAUAAACACGACUAAUACUAAUCCGUAUUAAGGGAAAAGCAGGUGUCAUCAUGGCGCCCCACCCUCUAAUCCAGGCAAUCAUUGACUUCUCUGCUGGAGCAAUUGGUGGGACAGCCUGUGUCCUGAGCGGCCAGCCAUUUGACACAGCCAAGGUGAAGAUGCAGACAUUUCCUAGCAUGUACCGUGGAUUCAUCCACUGUUUCAUUUCAACCUUCAGACAGGUGGGACUCCGUGGCCUCUACAAAGGCACAACCCCAGCCCUCAUAGCCAACAUCACCGAAAACGCUGUGCUCUUCUUGAGUUACGGCCUUUGCCAGGAUGCAGUUCGCCUUUUAUUGGGACUGAAUAAAGGGGCUGAUCUCAGUGACAUUCAGAAGGCAUCUGCCGGGUCUUUAGCCUCCAUCUUCUCUGCCAUGGCGUUGUGUCCCACAGAGCUGGUCAAAUGUCGUCUGCAGGCCAUGCACGAAAUGGAGGCAACUGGCAAGGUGGCGAAAGGACAAAGAAGCACAGUGUGGAGUGUUAUUAAUACUGUGUUGAAGACAAACGGCCCUCUGGGUUUCUAUCAAGGACUGACAUCUACCAUUGUGAGAGAGGUUCCAGGUUAUUUCUGCUUCUUUGGGGCCUAUGAAUUGUGUCGAUCUAAAUUUGCACAACACAUGGGUACAGACAAGGAGAGUAUAGGUAUUCUUCCACUCAUGUUCAGCGGUGGGUUUGGAGGAGCUUGUCUUUGGCUCAUAGUCUAUCCCAUUGACUGUGUGAAGUCCAGGAUCCAGGUCUACUCUUUAGCUGGGAGGCAAGAGGGCUUUAUGAAGACCUCCUUGAGUAUCAUACGCACCGAGGGCUUUGCUGCUCUGUACUCCGGCCUGACUCCUACUAUGAUACGCACCUUCCCUGCCAAUGGAGCGCUGUUCCUGGCUUACGAGUUUAGCCGCAAGUUUAUGAUGGAUGCUGCUGGUGCCUGAUGAGAAGGGUCUUCCCACUUCAAGCAACUAUUCAGAUGAAACACUGCCUUCAGUAUUUCUAAAAUAAAUAUUAAAGUUGAUUUGCAUCUCAAUGUUUGAAAUCUAAGUAUGAGUUUAACUUGUAGGACUGAAGAUUUUGCAACAAUAUAUACACCUCGUUUCUGUGCUGGUCGCGGUUAUGUAAAAUAAAGUUUUAAACAAGUCUUAAUGUCUU